UUGAAAACGAUGGCCGCGGAUGGGGCGCCGCUGACGGAGGGAGAUGUUCGAGAGAGAGUCAGCCUGAGGCACCAGAAUCUCGCUCAUGUCCGGUCAUUGUCCCUUCCUGGAACUUAUCAUGAAAAGAUAACUCAUUUAGGAAUUUCCUUGAAAAAUUUUGUUCGCCUGAAAUCUCUUGAUCUCUCACGCAAUGCAUUGACUUCCUUGGAGGGUCUUGAACAUCUCACGUACUUAGAAAAGCUCAAUCUCUACUUCAAUUAUAUUUCCACAUUGUCAGAAGUGUUUCGACUCCACGCUUUAACAGCACUCAAAGAUGUGGAUCUCCGGUUGAAUCCUGUUGUUAAAAAUGAAUCAGAUUAUCGUCUUUUUGUUGUACACAUGCUUCCUAAUCUCAGGCAGUUGGAUGAUCGUCCUGUGAGAGACAGUGAACGAAAAGCAUCCCUUUUGCAUUUCACUACAGAUCAUGCUUAUAAAUUCAAGAAGCCUUCAGUUGUACCAGAAGAGACGGCAACAGGAAGAUCUGUCCAUCCAAGAGUUGUGCAUGUUAACACCAUGUCAAAAAAGUGCUUGUUGAUGGAUGCAGAUGAUGAAGCAGUCCUAAACCUCGUUGCCAAGUGUGAAUGGGACCUAAGUAAGCCUCCAGGAGUAACUGGAUCAUCUAAAAGAGUCCCAGCGGUUGAAUUUCAUGAUUUAAACAAUAUUUAUAGAAUGGAAAAGAAUACAGGGAGGCACUCGAGGUCUUCUGUCUCCCCACCACAUUACGUCUUAAUGCAAAAGCCACAAGAACACAUGCUCAAGGAUGCUAUAUCAGAAAAUAGAAAUGUGUUGAAAGCACGAGAACUGGAUAGAGAAUAUAGAAUUGCCCAAGGCGUCUUUGGUCAAGGGCCUGAGAAAAGGAAAAUUGACAGUGGAGUUUUAUUGUUAGGCACUCCAUCGAAAGAACUGCCCACGAAACAUUCUAAUUUGAAGUUCCAGGAUAAGGCUAAAGGGUCUGAAAAAAUGGCAACCCAUGUUAAUUUUACACCCCAUCCAGGCCCACCAGAAGUGACAACAGGACCUACUCAGAAGGAACCUCAUCAGAAGAAGAUAUAUAGUAAAGAUGGCAAACCUCAAGGAGCAAUCCAGUUGGAAAAUAAAGUACUAUGUGAAGGAAAACCCAUAGAACAACUUUUAGAUUUGGUUGACAAGCACUGGACUGGCAGCAAAUCACUCCAUAAGAAUGAGAUUUUUUUAUCUCAGGCAGAAACUAUUUUGUCUGCAAUUCAGAAACCUGUGCCAACAGAUCAACAGAAACCUUCUCCUUCAGAGACUCAAGAGCUGAAUAAGCUUCUUUUAGAGAACAAAACUUUACAAACAAGUAUUUCUGAGCAAAAGCAACAGUACAAUGACCAGGUUAAUUUUCUGAAGGCAGACUUGGAUAGUACUAAGAAAGAUAUGGAUACAAUGAAGCAGAAAUUAGAUAAAUUAUUGGAAGAAAAUGCAGCCUUGAGAGUGCAGAAUUCUAAAUUGGAACAAGACAUCCAGAGUAACACGGCACCAUUACAAAUCACCAAGCUUGAAACGCAGAACAAGCAGUUAACAGAUGAGAAUGCUAGUUUGAAGCAACGUCUUGAGAACUUUAACAAGAUGCAGGAGCUCACAGAGAUGUUACAGGAAAGCCACAGGACGUUGGUUUCUACCAAUGAGCGUCUUUUAAAAGAACUGGAUGAGACACGUUCAAAACAUAAGACUGAGGUGGAACAGCUAAACUGGAACUACAAUCAAUUAAAGAAAACAAUGGAUGCACCACCACCUGCUCCUGCUCCUGCUCCUAUUCUUGCUCCCAGUCUCACUCCUGCUCCUCCAAGCAAUGUGAAUAACAACAGGUGGUAGUAAAGGAAAUUCUCUGUAAAUGAUUUAAAAGGUGAUUAAUCCUGGGUGUUAUUUACCAACAUGAACCAAUCAUUAAUACUGUGGCCGAUGUCUCUUAUACUAUUGUACUUUAUUAUUUUUUUAAGACGUUUUCCCCAUAGGCUUAUGAGUGUAUGAUUGAAAGAAUUAAACCAUUGAAUGAGUUCAAUGCUGAUUUGAAUGAUGGCAAUGUAUGAGGAAAG